ACCUUGCUCGUGCCGACAGUCGCUCCUUGAGCAGAGGUUCUCUGUGACGGUUUCUGCCCGGCGGCUUGUUCUUCGGACUCUCCAUAUUUUUUUUGAAUAUCUUCAAGCGUGUGUGUUGACGACGUCAGAAAAACAGCAAGUGCACAUAAAUGUUUUUCUUCUCCCUCUGGUCAACCGGUUUAUGUGACUGACCGAAUUUGAGCUCUAUCCCAGGUUGCCUGUGGUGUGUAACGUUAGGCUACUUUUUCACUCCUUAGGCUACUUGGUCCAAUUUGUGUGGAACAGUGGGUCAAAGUUUUAACUGCAGGCUCUGAGUAUCAGCAAGUCUUGUAAUCUACAGGAGGAGACCAGAAACCUCGACGGCUGACAGAAAAACUACUCAAGUUGUUACCAAUGGAGCCCCGACUGAGUGUUGUGUUCAUCCUUAUCAUCCACCUCUCCACAGGUUCAAGUGAAAAUGACCGGGACUUGAACUUUUGUGGCACCUGGCGCCAUGACAAUGGCUCCCUGAGCCUGAUCGUCAACCUCUCCACAGGCUGUAAAGGGAUCUCAAUCUCAGCCAAUGGGAGCGCUCUGUCCAUCGAUGGGCAGAUCACGGCCCAGUGCAGGCGGUCUGAUGUAAUUCCCCUGGAGCUGUUUGGACUUGAUUCAGAGAAGGAAAGCGACUUCUGUCUGUACUGGGAGCCAUUGCUGGACCAGUUGAAGCUGCAGGUCAGAGGAAAGAACCUUACUCUGUGCUGGCCUGACAGGGUGCAGGGCUCCUGCUGCACUGAUCUGUCUCAUGGCCCAAACUCUGCCGAAGCACCUUACGGCAUCUUCAACGGAAAGGUCAAAAAUGAUGUAAUCACCCACAAAAUACUGACAGCCUACAAGUUCAUUGGAACGUCCAUCAACUGCAAAGUAUUAUGUGAUCAAGCGAGCCACGGACCCAACCAAGUCAACAUGCGUAACGACACUGUGACGAGGUCCCAGCCUGUAGGGAAUGUUGAGUAUCCCUGCGCUCGCAGCUCUGAGGUGGACAUGAAGGAGGAUUUCAGAGGCUACAACGUCACACCGCCUGCCACUAAAGGUGUAUCUGCAGAGUCCAGUACCACUGUCUAUAUCCCCCCCGCUCUAAAACAAGCUGCAAAAAAGACCAGCAAAGUAGUCUGCACUUUCUUCAAAAACAACUCCCUGUUCCAGGAGGGUCACAAGGAGGCCAGGAUUCUUCAUGAUGUGGUGGGAAUCACUGUGGAGAACGAGGUCAUCGCUGAUCUGUCUGAGCCAAUUAAGAUCGGCUUUCACCAUGAUGUCAUACCUAAAACGCAUUCAAGGAAAUGUGUUUCAUGGGACACCAAGAAAGAUCCAUUGGAGGUCAAUUGGUUGGUGGAUGGAUGUGAGACACAAAAGAAAGGAGAAGAACACACCGAGUGCCUCUGUAACCAUCUGACUUACUUCACUGUACUAGUGCAACUGGAGCCUCGCCCAGUGCGCCACCUCCUGGCACUGACCGCCAUUACAUCUCUGGGCUGUGCUGUGUCUGUGAUCAGCUGUGUUGCUCUCAUCAUUUAUAUCUGCAGGAAGAGCAGGCGAUCAAAGGAGCAGUCCACACCUAUCCACCUGGGCUUAGCUGUCUCUCUUGGCUUCCUCAAUCUGCUCUUCUUUUUUACUGGGGUCCUGGCCAAUGUGGGAGGGGAGAGCGUGUGCCUCUGGCUGGGCGCGGGCCUCCACUACACCCUGCUCAGCUCCUUCACCUGGAUGGGCAUAGAAGUUUUCCACACCUUCUGGUUGGUCUACAUGGUUUUCAGCCCCUCCCUAAAGCCCUAUGUAUGGAUCCUGGUCGGCAUCGGUUUCCCUGCUGUUCCUGUUAUCAUCCUGGCUGCAGUAGGCGACAUUUAUGGACUGAGAGAGGUGGUGCCAAGCGAUGACGUAUCCAAUCCUUAUCUGAUGUGCUGGAUGAAAAAUACCCACAAGGCCUUGCUGGCCCACUACUUCACCAAUAUGACAAUCCUGUUCAUCCUGGUGUCCUCGGGCAUUGUGAUGCUCCUCCUGGUCUAUAGGAAGAUCCGCAUCAGGGAUGAAUGGAGGCAGAACCGUGUGGCGUUUCUCAGCAUCUGGGGCCUCAGCUGCCUCUUUGGGACAACUUGGGGUCUGACCUUCCUGGACUUUGGACCUCUCGCUGACUUCAUCCUCUUCCUCUCCUGCAUCCUCAACUCUUUUCAAGGCUUCCUCCUGAUGCUGCGCUUCUGCAUGCUGGACUGGAUGCGGAAACAGGCUGGUGGCUCUGCUCUAGCCAGCACCAGCACCGGAUCUACCAGACAACACAUGCUAAAGGCCCAGGAGAAGAGUUAGAUGGACUAAAAAAAAAAAAAGGGUGGCACAAAAUAAAGUGGAAAAGCUGCAGCAGUCAAGCAUUUUAUGUAAAAUACAGUCUUCUUAUCAAAGUAAAUGACAAAAUGGAGAAGAAUGUCCCACCACUGACUGCGACACUGUAGAUUCACUGUUUCCUCUGCUGAAAUUCUCGUCGGGUGUAGUAACUGCUGGGAAAUCUGAGUAACAACCCACAACUGAAGCGUGAACUUCAAAGUGACUCCAAAAAGCUGUGAGCGAGCUCUCCACCUAUCCGACACCUCUCAUUCUUCUGGUGUCCUUUGGUGUUAAACAUCACAGACCAGUUGGUAAACACAAGCACACUGAGUGCAAUUCACAGACAUCACCUUAUUGGAUAUUUAAAAACUGACGUGAAGUGGAGGUAAUUCAGUAUUACUGUCGAGGUAAUGAUGAUGAAAUGGUAGGUCAGCACUUCCACCACUAGAAAGUCUAAUAGCACCAACUCAUCAUGUGGCGUGGGCUUCAUCAGUCAUUCGUAUUUUUGUUUAAUUAGAGCUGCAGAUGGCACUCACAUGGCUGGAGAUCAUUAACACCUCGCUGGAAGUAUUUUAAUCAAUCCCAUCCACUUUGCAGUCAUAACAGAUGAUUACUAUUACUACUAUUACUAUUGAACUUGAUUACUUGAUUUUUCUUCUCUGGGACAGUCAAGAAGCAAUGACAUCAUCACUCAGGAACUCAUAAUACAGGCCUGGAGCCUAUAUUUGUACAAAACCUAGACUGGGUCUAGUUAUAGAUGGGAAAGAAUUUAUUUGAGAUUUUAAAUUGUAAGCUGGGCAUAAAGUUAAGCUUUAUUUCCAGACAGGGAACCACAGGGAAGUGAAAUGAUUGCAGGUUACUGUGCUGUGAUUCCCAUUGUAUUGUCUGUAAAGAAAAACUAUAUAUUAUUAUUAUUGAAGCUCUCCUUGAACCUUAGAUAAGCUUUGUAUUUUUUAUUUUGUACUGUGUAAGCAUUUGUUUUGUAGCACAUUUUAGCCUUUUAAAGUAGCACUUUAGAUUUUCCUUUUUUUAUGUACUUGUGCCUCAAUGAGUUGUCUUUUGUAUUGUUCUAAUAUGCAUAAUAGAAGAGAUUUCAUAUAUGGUAAGUAUGCUUUGGAAAUAGCUGAAUGUUUUAUAAUAGAUGACUUUAGGAUGACUCCAUAUUUUUUUCCAACCGUAUUCAGACCUUCAGUCAAAAUAAUUCUCAUAAAAUAUAAUAAUUAUCAGGUCUUCACCAUCAAAAUGGACCAAAAUGCAUUAGUUUAAACAUUUCUUUAAUCCCCAGUAAAACCCACAAGUGAGUUUUUAGAAUCUGUGAUAUUUGCACUAGUUUAUUUUCUAAAGUGAAAUUUCAUGUCACUCAAAUUAUUGUGUAUAUUUGAUUUUUCUUUUGUGGAUGUAUAUAAAGUAUUAAUAAAAAAGUGAAAAAGAAA